AUGCACUGCAACACCUUCUCCGACGCCGUCUUCCCCGGCUGCUACUGGGGCAGCUACGGCUACCCCCUGGGGUACAGCGUGGGCUGCGGCUUCGGCAGCACCUACUCCCCGGUGGGCUACGGCCUGGGCUACGGCUACAAUGGCUGCGGGGUGUACAACUUCAGAAGAUACUGGCCAUAUGCUCUGUACUGA